AUGGAGUAUUACCACGAGUACAAUUUAUUUGGAGAGAGUGUUGUUAAAGCAUGCCUUGCUGCUGAAACUCAUCAUUUAGACGUUAGUGGAGAAUCACUGUUUCUUGAAGGGAUGCAAUUGAAAUAUCAUGAAGAAGCAAUUCAAAAAGGAAUUUAUAUAAUUGGAGCAUGUGGAUUUGACAGCAUUCCUUGUGAUUUGGGAGUAUCUCUAGUUAAAAAAAAGUUUCAAGGUGAUCUCAAUUCCGUAGAAACAUAUCUUGAAUUUAAUAGUGGACCACAGGGUGAAACCAUUAACGCAGGCACAUGGCAUUCUGUGGUUAAUGGAAUAACGACUAAGAAUAAGACUGAAGAAAUUAGGAAAGAAUUAAAUAAGACUGUUUUUAAGAAAAGACCAAACUUUUCACACUGUCUGUCAAAAAGGUAUGAUGUUAACAUCGGUUUAGGCGUCAGUGAUUUGAAAUUGGAGUUGUGGACCAGUGUUUGGCUCAUCAACAGCCAUUAUAAAGAAAUUGGAGGAAAUUCAGCAGACAAUGUCAAAAGACUGGUUCCAGAACAUGUUCCAGGACUGACAGACAUGUAUCCACAUCUGUUUUCUUUUGGUAAGUUUAAAGAAGGGGGUCCUUCAAGACAAGAGAUUAAGGAAGCAUCCUUCACUACUGUGUUUUGGGCCGAAGGGUGGAAGGAUAAACUGGAUGCUGACAAACAACAUACAGAACCACCCAAUAAGAAUAUGAAAGUAAUUUUAACUGCACCCGAUCCAGUAUACAUUACUACAUCACUCUGUUUAGUCAAUGCUGGUGUUGUGUGUUUGAAAGAAAAUGAGAAAAUGCCCGGAAGUGGUGGUGUCUUAACUCCGGCAGCUGCUUUUGAAGAUACUUCGCUAUUGGAACGGUUACAAAAAUCGGGAAUGGAGUUUAAUAUUAUAGAGAAGUAAUGACAGUCUGUUCCACUGUGCUAUUCCAAUUCAACAGAAAAUAUUAACAAUUUACAUAUAUCAAACUUUUGUCGAUGGGAACAAUAUUUUUAUGUUUGGUGUUUUGCCAUUUGUACUAAGAAAUCUAUUAAGUCUUGAUUUGUUACCAUAUGUUAAAUCUAGAAUUGCUUUUCAGUCAAGCAAUAUUAAUUAUUGAUUUAUGCACAUAAGUAAAAAUUACCUGUGGUGAAAUAAAAUGGUUUAAUAUUUUCA